AUGGAGGGCACGGCUGCCAGGAACUUCUCCUGCUUCAUCUACGAUGCCGAUUUCCUGAACUGCACCUGGGCCCGGGGGCCAGUUGCCCCCAUGGAUACCCAAUACUUCCUGUUUCUGCAGGGUUCUAGGAGCCAAGGCGAGAGGGAAACAGAAUGCCCCAGAUACCUGAAGGAGGCGGGCACGCACCUGGGUUGCCACCUACACGGCCUGUCCAGGUGGCCCUUCUACACCUACUUCCUGGUCAAUGGCAGCAGCCGGCACAUGCACAUCCAGUUCUUCGAUGCCAUACUAUCCACCAAGGAAAUGGAACGCUUCAGCCCUCCGGCCAACACCAGUGUCCACUGCAACGAGUCCCACUGCCUGAUCCAGUGGUUGCAGCCCAAGACCCAGCAGCGGCUGUCGCAUCUGGACUUCCAAUACCAGCUGGACAUCCAGAAGGAGAACAUGGAACCUGGCAGCUGGAACCCCCUGGUUGAAGUAUCUGGUGCAUCAGAGAACAAAUACAACUUCCCCAGCCUGGAGCCCAGAGUCAGGCACUGGGUGCGGGUCCGAGCUGCGGAUGCCAGGGUCCUGGGCUGGAGCCCCUGGAGCCAGCCUGUGCACUUCGGCUCUGACACAGAGGAUGGCAGCCUGGUGCGUGUGUCCCUGCUUGUGGUCUUGGGGACCCUUGUCUGCACCCUUGUGUUGGGCUUUCUCGCUAAAAGGUUCUUCAAAAGGUGUGGCCUCUUGUCACCGAUCCCGCAAGUGAAAGACAAAUUGAAUGACCAGCAGGAUCUUGAGCACCAGGUUGCCUGGGAUGAGUUCCCAGUGGGUUCCGGUAAAUGUGAGAAUGAGGAGGUGCUGACGGUACAGGAAGCUGGACAGGCCUUGGGGGCCAGAGCAUGAAUUGGCAGGUGCAUGCUUUCUAGAAGCUUCUGGACAUGUGUGGGAAGUUAUUCUAUCAGGUGGGGGCUAGGACCUGUAUCCUGCGGAUAUCAUCCUGUCUACCACAUGAGAAUCAGGACCUGGACAUCCUGACCUGGUCAUGCCCAUUUGCACUGCAGACAACAGGGAAAAUGGUUGUAAGAGACCAAAUUUGAGGAAUUGACUGACCAUGGUUUUGCUCAUCAGGAUGUGGGAAGGAAGGCUGAACCGUCCGUCGUGCCAAGUCCAGCUAAGUGCCCGCCCCUUGCAUCUGGCUGCUGGUCUCAGGUCAGCAGCAUCUCAAGUCUCCCAUUUCUGGAGUGAACCAGAA